GCUCUCUCCAGCCGAAUUGCGUCUGUGAUUCCGAAGCUGUGCACGGUGGGCUCCACAGCCAGGGCGCUCUGGGCGGUGGCGGCGUUGCAGGCACCGAAGCCGGAGCGGGAGCAGUCUGCAAGGUGAUGGCUGCUGCCUCUGAGGCUGCAAAAUCUGAGGGGAAACAGCUUCCUAAUAAGACAGAAACGAUGAUCUGGAAGCCCAGACAAGAAUGUUUGCUGCAGAAUAUUCCAAAUGUUCCUGAUGGCAAGUCUGGAGAAAGUGAAUUUGCUUCUACCUCCCCCAAUGAAGGUGAUGCCAGUGGCUCUACUGAUGAGGGCUGGUACAAUAUAUAUGCUGACCUGGAUGUGUGGGAUAGUGAAGCUUCCAAUGUACCUAAGUCUUCAGGGCAGCAAGAUGCAUCUGAGCAUGAGGUGGAGGACUGGGAUAAAGAAUUGGAGGAGUCUGCAUCUGGUCCUUAUGAUGCUGAUGAUCUCGCCGGUGGAAGCUUUGAGGAAAAUAAUCUUUUCGGCUCAUAUGUAUGGAAGGAGGAUUGGUUUUACAACCCAAGCUGUCACCACACACCUUGCCUCGUUUUUCCACCACGAGUUAGAACAGUUGAGAAGGGCCAGUUUGAUGAUGCUGAUGAAUGAGGUUGAGUCUGGUCAGAAGUAAGUUUGGCUUCUGUGUUGGGUUAUGUUCUUCAGCGACUGAGCUGUGCCAAGUCCCUUGGCUUUUUUGCGGAGCUGGGCCUGAGGCCAGAAAUGUAACACCAUCUCUGGAGUUUUGCUUAGGCUGUUUCUGAGCUGUUCAUAAACUGCCCACCCUUGCCCUGGAGACAAGAGUGCAGGUGCUGGGUGUAAGGAGUCAGUGCAUUUCUGGAGGUCUUGUUUGUAUGAUACAGAUCUAUGUUGCUAAUUAAUUGCUUGAGGAGAAGUAUUUAAUUUCUAAACUUGUUUGCCAGGCUUCUGUCAGUUUUGACAUGCUGAUCCCUGUGUUUUUGUGCAACUUAUAGUUUUGUUUUCUUUGCAUUUGAUGCUGUCAGAUUGGUUUGAAUGGCUUUAAAAGCUCUCCCUCCUUCAAGCUUGUCUGUUGUAUUUCCAUAUGGUUCUAAAGUCCGUUUGUGAUUCUUAUGCUGCUGUUUAACAAAAUCAGCUGUGGCGAAUACAGAACAAGUUGUUUUGUGUUUAUUUUUAUGUAUUUCAGCAUAAAGGAAUUACAAAUCCAUGAUAUACAUUUUGCAAAUGCAUGUAUUAAUAUACAGGGGGGGGCAUACUCCAUCCAGUAGGAAUGCUGGGUGCUUAAGGCUGCCUCCCAACAAAGAUUUCUCCACAUCAGACCUUCUUGUGUAUGGGCAUAUUACCCUAGAGUCCCACAAUUGUCUUUACUACAUUCUCAUGCAACAUCAGAUGUGCAAUGACAAAGAAAAUA